AUGGUUUGUGGUGGUGGAGGUAACACAGAAGCACAGUCACAAGAGCAGGUGAGCACUUGGCAUGCGUGGUACAUCGUAUUGAUCGUCAUCGCCUUUAUCGUCAUCACAUCCCUCGCUGUCAUUGGAUGUGUAAUCAUCAAAGGACGCAAAGAGUACAAGAUCUCCGGACGACGGCCACUGUACAGUUUUCGCUGGACAGCCCGAGUCCUAAAGAGGACCGUGCGCAGAAAACGCAAAACCCAGCUCCGAGACGAGGGCGGCGACGAAGACCAACGACCUUACAUCGUUCACCUGCAUCGGACCGACAACAGCCUGGCGAUGACGGUGACGAAGACAAGUAUCCGAACAUUGUCCACCUCCACAGACAACUAUCAACACCAACGACAGUGACAAGGACCUUCCUGGUGUUGCACGCUGGUUGGAUGACGCCAAACCUCGCUCAGAUCUCGACCCGUUGUCGGGAAGCGGCGAGAGCGCGAGACAAAGGCACGUGACCCUGAUAAAGCCAACCUCUUGUCAGAUUCGCUCGAGGGAAUUCGGGGUCAGGGUAUUGUCUACAAGGUGAUGAAAUGACGAUGGACAUUAUGAAGACUUUGUGCUAGAAAACAGAGACUACGGCAGGAAGACAGAGCCGUGUCCUCAUGCAUUCGAUGAAGCAGAUGGAUGCUGCGUUUUUGAUAACUUCAAUGACAAUUAUUUAGAUGCGGCAUUCGAUGACAGGUUCAAACAAGUACACACAUAGGGGGAACAAUGGCUCUUGAAGAACUCCACGUCAAGAGUUUUAAGACCCGAAACCCCAAGCGAACCGCAAGGACCCUUGAAUCGUUAUCUACAUCAUCACCAUCAGCAGCAAGAACAGCUACUACAGCACCUUUCUUCCUGACGUGGAAGCCGUGCAGGGAAGCGGGUACAGGCAAGACCCGUGCGACGGGUAGACAGCGCCGGCUACGAGGUGCCUCAGGUCAUACGACCUUUGGCAGAUGUCCGAAGGUCCGAAGGCGGGUACGCAUCAUUGGACGAUUACCAUCACCUCGUGACCAUGCCACGUGACCUCGUCAAUGACGCAGGCUCUGACACUGCGUCACUGCUGGAGCUGGGUGUGUGUACAGCAGUGCCGCCACCGCGGGACGAAAGGUAGGAGACUGCCGAGACCAGAAGUGGUGUCCGUCAUGUGACAUGGGGUAAAGCAAGGUGGACACCAGGGACACUCUAGUUUAUUUUACGAUCUUCAAAUAAGACAACAAUUCUGUCUUUUUACACAUUAUCUUCAUGGAAAUAUGUGUGCGAGCAUUUAUGAAACCAGUGAACUGUAGAUGUCCAAUUAUUUGAAACUAUCAUUUUUUUUUUAAACUGACUUUCAUUCAAUUCGCAAAAUAUUUGCCAAGAAGUGCAGCAUCUACAGGACAUUUAUUUUCAUCAUUCAUCUCUUUUAUUGCAUACACAAAAUCCAAACUCACAGUGUAAAGCGUAAACCACUAUAAAACUACAGUAAUCUCUAAGUUUCAAUAUGUUCUUUCUCAUCAUUUCAGGUCCAUGUAUAAUUUGCUACUAGAUACUAGAGUGCUUUCUAAACUCGUCAAAACGUUCUGUUUAUAUUUUGUAAAUAGCAUACGUGUCCAAAAAUAUUAAAUGUUCACUUUAUAUUUAUAAUCUAAGGCAUUAGCUUAACAAACUAUUUCUAGUCUUAAAAUAGCCUUAAAAUAGUCUUAAAAUAGCCUCAUUACAAAAUAGCUUCACUUCGAAAAGCUGAAUCUGAUUGAAGAUUAGCAAAACAUGCAAUUUCUAAAAGAGCAGACAAGUCUGAAAUAUUGCUGACAGUUUGAGUUGUCUGCCGUAGCGACAAUCGUACAUAAUAAAAAA